AUGAAACAGCAUUUCGACAUGGACAAGGACAACGAGGCAUAUCUGAAGCUCUUCUGGGGGCGUUCGAAUAAUCAGAAACUGAGUCUGUUGUCGAAGAAGGGCAAAAACAGAACAACAGUGGUUGUGAUGGGUUGCGUUGUAGCCACUUUCCUUGCUUUCACUGUCUGGAAUGUUACAUCUACAUUUUCAGGGUUUUCCAAUCCAAUGAAGAAGACCCUCUCUCCCAUGGCAACAUCCAAAGGCGAAGAACAAGAGUUCCCACUUGAAUGCACCCAAGCGCACGUGCCACAGACGUGCCCUAGAGGGUACCCCACAUCACACAACCCUAGCACCCCCACACGCACGUGCCCCUCCUACUUCAAGUGGAUCCACGAAGACCUAAAGGCAUGGAGAGAGAGAGGGAUAACGCGGGAAAUGUUGGAGGGUGCAAGGAGAACGGCACACUUCAGGGUAGUGAUCGUGGACGGGAGGGUGUACGUGGAGAAGUAUAGGAAGUCGAUCCAAACCAGAGAUGUGUUCACUCUGUGGGGCAUCUUGCAACUCCUGAGGAUGUAUCCCGGUAAAAUGCCUGAUUUGGAGCUCUUGUUUGAUUGUGAUGACCGGCCCGUUAUCCCAAAGGGAAGGAUGGAAGGCCCAGAUGCUGCCGCUCCACCGUUGUUUCGGUAUUGCUCCGACCAGUGGAGCCUCGAUAUUGUGUUCCCUGAUUGGUCCUUUUGGGGAUGGGCUGAGAUAAACAUAAGGCCAUGGAAAUUUGUGUUGGAAGAUAUUAAAAAUGGGAACAAGAAGACAAAGUGGAAGGAGAGAGUGCCAUAUGCCUAUUGGAAGGGUAACCCUCUUGUCACUCCAACCAGGAAAAACCUUAUGACAUGCAAUGUCACUGACAAAAAUGACUGGAACACUCACCUAUACAUUCAGGACUGGGACAAAGAAUCCCAACAAGGUUUCAAGCAAUCCAACUUAGGGGACCAAUGCACCUACAGGUAUAAAAUAUAUGUAGAAGGUUGGGCUUGGUCCGUAAGUGAGAAGUACAUUUUGGCCUGCGAUUCUACAAACCUAUAUGUCAGGUCUCGCUUUCAUGAUUUUUUCAUCCGAGGCAUGGUCCCACUGGAGCACUAUUGGCCCAUUAGAGACAACACCAAGUGCACUUCUCUUAAGUUUGCAGUGGAAUGGGGCAACAACCACACUGAUAAGGCACAAGCAAUAGGGGAGGCUGCAAGCAGAUUCAUUCAUGAGGACAUGGAUAUGGACCAUGUAUAUGAUUACAUGUUUCACGUGCUAAAUGAAUAUGCAAAACUCCUAAAGUUCAAACCAAUUAUACCUCCAAAUGCUGUGGAGUAUUGUCCUGAAACAAUGGCAUGUCCUUUAAAUGGUACAGAGAGAAGGUUCAUGGAAGAUUCAAUGGUGAAGUUUCCCAGUCAUUCAAAUCCAUGCACUCUUCCUCCUCCAUAUGAUGCCACAACCCUGCAAGACUUUCUAGACAAAAAAACUAACUCAAUAAAACAGGUAGAAACUUGGGAAGAUGAAUACUGGGAGAGUAAAAAGAAGGGACAAUAG